CUUAUCCAGUUGAUUUCCGUGCUAGACGCUGUGCAAACUCGCCAAACUCUCAGCAUUUCCCGAGGCCCAAACGAACGGAGAAGGCAAUCAACCUAUAGGCAACUCGCAGUCGCAACGGCCAUCCGCUCCCCUCCGCCUUUCGUUUCCCCCGCGCCUCUAUCCUUUCCUCGCCUCUCCCGCGCCCACCACCUGUUCGACCCAACAACACCGGAGUCCGUCCGGCCUCCCUCCAUCCCCGCCGCGCGCAUACCCCAAUGGCGACCGCCACCGCGUCCGUGGCGCCGCCGUCCACCUCCACCUCCUCGGUGCUCCUGCACCGCCGCCUCCCUUCCCCGGCGCCCGCGUCCUCCGCCUUCGCCCGGCUCCCCGGCCCGCCCCCGGCCCCGCGCCGCGCGCGCCUGCUCCUCCAGGUCGCGCUCACCAACGCGGUGACCUCGGAGUCGGACGACGUGGCGGCCGAGGAGGCCGCGGCCGCGCCCAAGAUCGGCAGGCGGGUGCGCGUCACGGCGCCGCUCCGCGUCUACCACGUCAUCAAGGCGCCCGACCUGGACAUCCAGGGCAUGGAGGGCGUCGUCAAGCAGUACGUCUGCGUGUGGAAGGGCAAGCGCGUCACGGCCAACCUCCCCUUCAAGGUCGAGUUCCAGCUCGCCGUCGACGGCCAGCCCAAGCCCGUCCGGUUCUUCACCCACCUCCGCGAGGACGAGUUCGAGUUCGUCGAUGAGGAGUGACGGCGUUGGAGUGCGUCCGACGAGUAAGCGGCGAGCGCCGUUCUUAUAGAAUAAUCAUGGCCGCCGGCGGUCGCUUGUCUAUAUUGUUCCGGUGUAGGAGCUCGUGAGGCAUGCAUGGCAAAUGCUUUGCUUACUCGCUGUUGUGCUGCUCACUCAGGCUGUCCCUUGUUCGGUUCAGCAUCUAUUUUUACAGCUGUGGGGAAUUGUUCGGAUGUUGGUGAUCAUCGAUAGUUAUAAUAGUGAUAAUUUUGCCGCUGUUGUUGGCUAUGCUCUGUGCUUAGUUAUUUUGCUGACUCUUGCAAGAAAUUCGUUUGUCUGAUCGGUACAUAAUGCAUUGCAGCUAGGAAUUGUACCCUUGGACUAUAAAAUCUGGUUAUUUUA